UUGUGUUUGUUGUUGACGGAAGAAGAAGUCGUCAUACCGCCGUCAUGUGUUCCUGUUGUGUUUGAGCGCGAUCAGCUGCAGACAUGAAGGACGAGGCGGACUUUUACAUGUGCAGCUGCUUCAGCUCCGAUCACAUUUUCCUGCAGGACUUCAGACUCCAUGUUCGCUUCGUGUCAGAGCAGCAGUUCUCUCAGGACUACCAGGCUCUGCUCAGGAGACUCGGCUGCGUCACAGACCAACAGUUUGAGGAUGUGCUCAAAGAGAUUUCACAGGAAGUCGACAGGCGAAGGCGUCUCAGUGUGGUGUCUGCUGAGAGAGCUGCUGUUAUAAAAGACACUUACCAGCCGCUCCAUCCUCAUGUCUACCAGCUGCGGGAGUCUUACCUCACUCAAAAGUUCAAGCAGAUUGUCGAGUACUGUCGAAGCAGCACCGCCAGUGAACAAGGUCUCUUAGACGUGUUGGAUGCAGAGGCAGCUCCGAGGGUGUAUCGUUUCCCUGUGUUUGAGAAAAGCUUCUGUGAGGAGCUGGUGGAGGAGCUGGAGCACUUUGAGCAGUCCUCAGCACCUAAAGGACGACCCAACACCAUGAACCAAUAUGGGAUCCUCCUGAAUGAACUGGGCUUUGACGAGAACUUCUUCACGCCUCUCCGUGAGCGGUACCUACAUUCACUCACCUCCCUGCUGUACCCAGACUGUGGGGGGCGCUGUCUGGACAGCCACAAAGCCUUUGUGGUCAAAUAUGACAUGAAUGAGGACCUGGACCUGAGCUACCACUAUGACAACGCAGAGGUCACCCUCAACGUUUCUCUGGGGAAGGACUUCACUGAGGGAAACCUUUAUUUUGGCGACAUGAGACAGGUUCCUUUGAGUGAGACGGAGUGUUCAGAGGUAGAGCACAGGGUGACCGAGGGCCUCCUCCACCGUGGCCAACAAAUGCACGGCGCCCUGCCCAUCUCCUCCGGCCAGCGCUGGAACCUCAUCCUCUGGAUGAGAGCGUCGCAGGAACGCAACAAACUGUGCCCCAUGUGCAACAGGAAGCCCACCCUGGUGGAAGGAGAGGGCUUUGCUGACGGGUUCACCAAACACUCAGACCCCCUGCUCAACGUUUCCUGUGUGCUGACAUAACAUAUCCAGCCAGUCUCAGUUUGUCCGUCUGGUGACACACUCACAUCACAUUGACUAAUAUGCUGUGUUCGAUUGUUGUUAACAAAGACUACACUGGGUGACUGUAGAAAGCCAUUACUGCUAAUGACACAUGUUGACCAUAUUCCAAUUGGAAUGAUUCAUAUUUAUUAUUUGUUUUACAAUAAAAAAAAAGAGUGUAUAUAGUAAUAUAAUUCUGGGCUAACGGCUUUCAAUCUAAUGUCCCAUUUUCUCGCACCCUUGUAUUUUAAUGUACGGUAUGAUUUUAUGUGCCAAAGAUUAUUAAGAUAAUGUGUAAUUUAAAAUGAAGAGUUCAACGAUCAGAUUUUUCCCUUCCUUAUUUUUUAACUCCGAGGUCUUUACUAAUACUAAGUACUGUUGUGGUACUACUCUCUUUUCCCAAAUCCACAAAAGUUUGACCACUUUUUGUAAAACAAAUUUGGGUUAUUUUUUAUAUAAUGCAAUUCACAUCAAUGCCCAUGGCUUCAGGCUUUUCCUGUGUCCAACGGUUGGUGGUGGUAACAAAAAGCAGCGUAGCAGUCGUGUGCCAACAAAGGCAGAGAAGAAGAAGAGUUCACACUAGCAAUGGAUGUAAACGAUGCAGGGUUUAAAUUUCUGCUUUGCAAAUGUAUUAUGAGGAGAUUUUGUGGAAACACUGAACAUGUACAUAAGUGUUUUGUAUAUUGGAAAACUUUGCAGAGCAUCUUGAAUUCUAGCCUAUGAUUAAAUGGUGGAUAGAUUGAAUCUGGUCAACACAGUCUACUUAAAGGGGAGUCAGUUGAUUUGACACACCAAAGUGUCUGUCCUGAGAGAGCUGUGUGCAGUUUGAGAAACUGCCUCAAGUGAUGUCAUUAGAGUCGGCUGAAGACUUAAGAUCUGGAGAUGGUGUCCAGAACAAUUGAACCUAGCAGACCUCUGUGGCCUUUCACUCAUCUCUGGUCGGAGCUAGCAGCCCAAGGCUACAUGCUGCUGGCACAACGUACCGAUUCUCAAGUUGCAUUGUGGGCAAUGUAGAAGCCAAACAUUUUUUGCAAGGAUGAAACAUAUACAGAAUACAAACAGAUGAUGUCUCUGUUCCACUUCAUCUAUUUGGAUACUGUUUUAUCUUGAUAUUAAAGGACUGCAGUGAUAAAUCAGAAAAAGUGCUCUUUCACUGUCAAUACCAAUUGAGGAAAUCAGUAUCAUAAACUUCCUGUUUUAUCUGUUAGUGUUGGUCUCUGUCUUUGUUCAUAA